AUGUCUUUCGAUCUAACGAAUGUGAACUUGAAGACAGCCAGCGAAGAAGAUGUGCUGUGUUAUCUAGCCAUCUCUGGGAAUGACUAUAAUGGUCACCUCGGUGCCCGUAUCUCGUCCGUCUUCGUCAUUCUCUUCGUCUCCUCGGCAUUUACCGUCUUUCCCAUGGCAUCAAAGCAGAUGCCAGGAUGGAAGAUCCCUUUGGGCGUGUAA